AUGGAGAAUCCUUUUGCAGAUCCAGUAGCGAAGUUGACACCGACACAGUCUCAUGAUAACCCUCAGAUUUCUCGUGUUGAUACGGGUGCACUAGAUAAGUACAACCCUUUCGAGGCUACUGGGGAUAAUAAACAUGGUAAUCAUACCACUAAUUCUGUACCACCACCUCAAUAUUCUGCUACUCAAGCUCAGAAAAUUACAACCGCAGAGCUUGAACGUCGUCAGAAGGAGCUGGAUGCAAAGGCUGCGGAACUGGCACGAAGAGAAGAGGAACAACGAAUGAGAGAGGAACAGAAUAGGCCAGUAUCCCAAAGAGGUGUUACAGUUAAGAACUGGCCUCCACUACCAUCAUUCUUUCCUUGUACUCCUUGCUUUUACCAAAACAUUGAAACAGAAAUUAUACCUCAAUACAAAAGAGUGGUCAAAUUUGGAUAUUACUUAUGGCUGUCGUAUGCUUGUUUGUUGUUAGUGAACUUGUUCACAGCAAUGGUAUAUUUUGCCGGUACUUCUAACUAUUAUGGAGGAAGUCUGUUCGGUGUUGCUAUUCUCGUGUUCAUAAUUUGCGUACCGUCAUCGUACGUGUGUUGGUUCAGACCACUAUACAAAGCCUUUAGAAGCAACAGCUCAAUCAAUUUCUUCAUAUUUUUCAUUGUUUUUGGUGUCCAAAUUUUGGUUAUGAUCAUACAGUCAAUCGGUAUCAUAAAUUGGGGAUCCUGUGGAUGGAUCACUGGUUUGGCAGUGGUCAGAUCUAGCCCGGUAAUUGGAGUUAUGUCAUUGCUGGUAGCAUCCAUAUUCACAGCCGUCACGGCAAUAUCGGUUUGGUAUUUUAUACAUGUACAUCGCAUCUAUCGCAGUACGGGUGCUAGCUUUGGGAAGGCUAAAGAAGAAUUCGCUAGUGGUGUAGUGUCAGAUCCGUUAAUAAGAAACAGUGCACUGGAAGCCGGAUUGUUUGCAACACGUCAGGCUACUUCAAGUGGUCCAUCAGCUAACAGAUCCUAAAUAAUACAUUACUUUAAUUCCCUAGUGGAAUUAUGUUUAAUUCCCGAUUGUUUUCUCUCAUAAUACUUUCCACAGCGUCAUUGUCCUAACUUAUUCUCUUGUAUUUUUACUCUGACAAUUUGUUGAUUGGUGUUGUGUUUAUAGUAUUCAUGUUUUUCUAGACCUGAAACUACAUAUUCAAAAACACUCAUUAUCUUCAAAUUGCAGAAUGCUCUAUGAUAAACGAUUCUUUACCAGUUCAUGUCAUCCAGUAAAAGUUGUCUUGACUUCUGAUCAUAUUUUUGAUUUAUUCCAAUUUUUUCAUUCAAUAUUCUUGUGAUAUGACGCUUGCAAUUCCCACAACAUUUUUAGGGACUUACGAUCCUUUUACAAUUUAUACUGGUAAGUCGUUUGUUUUUGAUUGCGGAAAAAGACUAGUAGUCGCAAGUAAACUAGCCUUAAAUGAGAAAAAUUUUGUAAGCGAGUAUUAAAAUGUAGUGAACGUAAUUAAGCAUCAUUUUGUUUUGAAACAGUUGUAAAAUAAUAUCAGUAUUAAGAUUUUGUAGCCAACGGUUACGGUUCAAAGAAUAUUAGGGUGAAUUUCUGUCGUUGGUCUUAAUGAUCGUAGGUGCGGUUUUUUCUGUGUGGGAAGAAGUGUGUUUCCGAGGAAACCACUUCAGGGCAGAAAACUCGACGUAAUAUCAUGAAUAAUGACGCAGUGUCAACGUAAUAGCGUUUUCUUAGCAAGUUUGUUUUUUAUGGGAUAUGGUUGCUGACCCUGUGCCCAACCCUCUAACUGGGUUCGGGACCGACUGUUACCCUAGAAGUAGAGCUUAUUGAUUGAUGAUGAGAGUUGCAUCUCUUGAAACGUAUGAUCACGAAACUGAUACUACUUACAGUGCCCUUCUAAAAUAUUGAAUGAAGGAAAAUAUUCCCAUAUAUAUUUAAAACCAUCAGUCCGCUUGAUAGAUUUCGAUAACAACAAAUUAGAGCUCUUACAUCCCAUUUGUCUAGUGUUACUCCCGUAUUAAUAUUUUAAUGUGCGAUCAGAUUGUUCAAACUGUUUUAGGCCAAUAUAUCAUACAGUUUUGA